CGGUGAUAAACAAGAGGUACCGGAUAUAAAGCGGCCAUUUUUACGUUGCGUGUAAGUCUGAGGUUUCCUCCGGGCAAAAUAAUACUUGUUAGGCAUAGAUCAGAUGACACGUCUGAAGUCGACGAAGACAUUACCACACAACAUGAUGAGGACGCUAUCCAUUUUAUUGGGAAUAGUUUCCCUUUCUUCCGCCUUUUACCUUCCAGGAUUGGCACCAGUAACUUACUGCAAGCAAAAGUCAGAAAAUUGCCAGACUGGAGCAAAGAUCUUUGUUAACAGACUUAACUCGGUGGAAACAAUAGUACCAUAUGAAUACCAUUCCUUUGACUUCUGUACCACAGAUGAAGAACAUUCUCCCGUUGAGAACUUGGGACAAGUUGUGUUUGGGGAGAGAAUCCGACCAUCGCCCUACAAUGCAACCUACAUGAAAGAUGUCAAAUGCCAGGUGGCCUGUACAAGGUCAUACCAGCCCAACCAGAAGGAUUCGUUAGCCAAACUGAAGUUUCUGAAAAAGGGUGUUUCACUCAACUACCAGCACCACUGGAUUGUUGAUAACAUGCCCCUCACCUGGUGUUACGAUGUAGAACAGAAUGAGAAGUACUGCUCCAGAGGAUUCCCUAUCGGAUGCUACGUCACUAAGGAUGGCAAGAGGAAGGACGCUUGUGUCACGGAUCCACGCUUCAAUGAGAAGGACAGCUACUACCUGUUCAACCACGUAGACAUCACCAUCACCUACCACUCCGGAGAGGGAGAGGAAUGGGGAGACAAGAAUAACCUGGGAGGUCGCAUUGUGUCGGCAAAAAUUGUCCCAAAAAGUGUCAAGACGACUGAUCUAAGUGUUGAUGGCUGCCAAGUUAAACCUACUGAUCCUGCUCUGUUCCUCAUGCGAGAUAUCAAUAAACCCCUGAACUUCAACUACAGCUACUCACUAAAAUGGAAACAAGACAACACGAUCAAGUGGUCAUCCCGAUGGGAUUAUAUCCUCGAGUCCAUGCCUCACACAAACAUCCAGUGGUUCAGCAUCAUGAACUCGCUGGUAAUCGUGCUGUUCCUUUCUGGUAUGGUGGCCAUGAUUAUGUUGAGAACACUUCACAAGGACAUCGCCCGCUACAACCAGAUGGAUAACUCUGAAGAUGCCCAGGAGGAGUUUGGAUGGAAGCUUGUCCAUGGAGACGUGUUCCGACCUCCCAGAAAGGGCAUGAUGUUGGCCGUCCUCAAUGGUAGCGGCCUGCAGGUCUUCUUUAUGGUUCUCAUCACUCUGGUAUUUGCAUCACUUGGUUUCCUGUCUCCUGCCAACAGAGGAGCUCUGAUGACCUGUGCCAUGGUCCUAUAUGUGUGUUUGGGAACACCAGCUGGUUAUGUAUCUGCUAGGAUUUACAAAAUGUUUGGAGGGGAGAAGUGGAAGUCAAAUGUCAUUAUCACUGCAUUAUUUUGCCCAGGAAUUGUGUUUGGAGUGUUUUUCCUGAUGAACCUGAUCCUGUGGGCCAAGGGCAGCAGUGCAGCCAUCCCCUUCUCCACACUCAUCGCCCUUCUUGCCCUGUGGUUUGGUAUCUCCGUACCCCUCGUCUUUGUUGGAGCUUACUUCGGCUACAAGAAGAGGGCCAUUGAGCAUCCAGUGAGGACAAACCAGAUUCCUCGCCAGAUUCCGGACCAGUCUUUCUAUACCCAACCCCUGCCCGGCAUUGUGAUGGGAGGUGUCCUUCCCUUCGGCUGCAUCUUCAUCCAGCUCUUCUUCAUUCUUAAUAGUAUAUGGUCGCAGCAGACUUACUACAUGUUUGGGUUCUUAUUCCUGGUGUUUGUCAUCCUCCUCGUCACUUGCUCCGAGGCCACCAUCUUGCUGUGUUAUUUCCAUCUUUGUGCAGAGGAUUAUCACUGGUGGUGGCGUUCGUUCCUGACCAGUGGGUUCACUGGUGUCUACCUGUUCGCUUACUGCAUUCAUUACUUCGUGUCUAAGCUGGAGAUCCACGACACAGCAAGCACUAUGCUCUACUUUGGAUAUACCUUCAUCAUGGUCUUUGCAUUUUUCUUGACCACCGGAACCAUUGGUUUCUUCGCCUGUUUCUGGUUUACCUCCAAGAUUUACAGUGUGGUGAAAGUAGAUUAGAGGCAACUAGCUGACCUUGGUCUGAAGGUGAUCACUCCGGGUGUAAACUGCCUGAUAUAUGGAUACUCUAUGUCUUUCUCUUCAUCAUAAUUCAACACUGGACAGAUCACAAGGAACAAGUUGAACAUUGCUUCUGAAUACUAGUGCUGGGUAUUCAAUAGACAGCUUCCUUUUUCAGAUCCAUUGGAGUCUUGUGCAGUUUGAAUGGGAAUGUUGAAAAUCGAUAAGAUACUUUUGAAUGUCAGUGCUUCAAAAAGAUAUCGGGUUGCCAUCGAAACAAACCCUGCUUUCAAAAUUAAAGGAAAAUUAAUUAAAUAUUGGUAUGUGUUACUGCAUUCCUCUAUUAACAAAUUGCAGAAAAACGAGAUUAGUUAUGGAAGACACAAAAAAUGGUUACAAGAAAAAAGUGAACCUGAUGGUUUUUGAUAUGUUAAGAAAUAUUGUCAGGAAAUUAGAGUGAUUAGAUUAUGUUUCAGAAGGAGGAACAGGCUAAUGUUUUAGUUUCUGGACUCGGAUAACACUGUCAAGUUUCCAGUCCCGUGAUGGAAAAAUGUUUUUUUAUGUCCUGUCUAUAAAUCAUCAUUGUAUAUAAUCACACUGUGCUGUCAUUCCCUUCCCAUAGACAAGAAUGAAAGGUCAUAAACAUCACUUUUUUCCCAGAUCUGUACAAAAUAUUAAGAGUCUUAACAGCUAAUCUUUCUUUCGAGAGAAAAUCACUUUUUUUCAAAUGCUUGAACAAACUAGUUUAAUUAUGCCUUUAUCCCAUUAUAAUGAAGGUUUUCUUGAAACUUGCCCAAGUCUAUGUUAGAAAUUGUGAUAUAUAAAGAUUGCUAAUUUCUGACAUCCUUAAUUGUGUGGCUUGUGUCCAGGUGGACCUGAACAGUUCCUGUAUCACAGUACUUUGUUAUACAGAUAGUGUUGUUUGAGAUACAUUUGAAGAGAAAAACAACUCAUUGGAUUAUCUUGUGGGUAAUAUACAUUAUUUAAUGGUAUUUUAAUUAUUUUCUUGAAAUCCUAUUUAUUUUUAAAAGUUUAAAGUAGAACAUUUUAAAAAACCGACAAGCUAGUUUUGGUGCCUUUUAUAUAUUGCUAUAAUUUUGUGGGGAAAAAAACCUAUUCUAAUUGUGAAGUUUCUUUGAUAUACCAGCUAUACGCAUUUUAUCAUGUGAGGCAUAUUAGGUGGCAUAAAAAGAUGGUUUUCAUUUGCGAAUUUCUUUAUGUAAAGGUUUGCGAGGUGAUUGAACUUCUGUACAUGUUAAAACAUGUGCUGUUAAUUCAUUACACAACUGUCACAUUCCUGUAUUUGCUGUGUUUGGUGUUUUAUUACCAAUAAAUAUUGUAAUAACAUUUAUGUAUUGAAACCACUCUAGUGUAAAAAAGAAAUCAUGCACUUUUCAUCAUAUAUAUAUGAAUUUCUUAUUUAUUCCCUUAUAUAAUACUUCUCAUAAAUGCCAUCAUAUAAAAAAAAAAAAAGGUUUUGAUGAGAAGUUACGCUCCAGGUUUAUUUUAAUCGGAGUCAUUCAGAUUGCGAUUUGAUCAAAAGGCAAAUUACUGCUGAAAGCUGAGAAUCUGUAUAACAUGUAAAAGGUAGAAUGGACAUUGAUGAUACAUUAUUUUCAUAGACAGUAAUGUGUAAGUUAAAAUAUCAUUUACCACAUUAAUGUGACGGCUGUAAUUUAUUUUUAAGCUACUUGAAUGGGUUCCUGACAAUUUCUGUUACGUAUUCAGUGUUAUAUAAACACACUGCAUGUUGUUAUGAAUAGAAGAUAAUUUACAUGGAAAGUAUGAUAUAUUUGAGACAAUCUUAUCAAUUUUGAUACACUUCAAAUUUCUUCCCAGUAGUUUGUAUGCUGUACAUGGGCCAUGGGAGUUUUUGUUCGUUGAUACUAGAUGUACCUACUUCAAAAUAAGUAAUGUCUGAUUUUUAUGUUCAGUGUUUAAUCAUUAUAUUUAGUUUAUUUCUACUUAAUGUUAGUUUUACUUCUGAUUUCAAUAUUUUUCUUUGCCCUGGCUUACGUCUUUUCAUUUUACGAUGGAAUUUAUGGAAAGUGUAGAAUUUCUGUGAUAGUGAAGAAAAAAAUCACAAUGCUGUGCUUUCUACCUUUCAACCAGUGAAAAAUUCAAAAAAUUGUCAUGAAUUUGAGUUGACUAUUUUGCUAGUGUACUAAUAAUAUGAAUAAUAACAAAAUUUCAGUUUGCCACUUAAUAGUAUUUAUCAGAUUAAAUUUUAAAAAAAUGUGCAGACACAUAAAUUAUGAUAUGCAGUUUUGCUAAAACUACAUUGUGUGUUAAACCUUUCUGAAGUGACGAGAAAAACUUACCAUAUUAUAUAAGACUCUUUAUUUAUAUAACUCUUCAUCAUUUUAAUAUAUAAAAUUAUUUAUUAAUGUAAAAUUUUCCUUGAUUAUCAGCUGCUCAAUGUCUUAGCACAAGUUAUCAAUAUUUAUUGUUUAAAAACAAAACUGACUAGUUUUAAAAUAAGUUUAUUCGAAUAUCUGUUAAACAGAUAUCCCAUAAAUCUUACCACAACCCAUUUCUUUGAAGAAAAGACUAGAAAGCAUGUUCUGUUGAACAAACAAACAAAAACCACUGGAAAAAAUUGAAAUGUACCGAACCCAUUAAUUUUUCACAUUUAAUUGUACAUCAUACAGUUUUUCGUUUUUCUAUGACUUAAUAAUAUUAAGAAGGGAAAGUAUUGCUUAUAAAAGCAUGUUCAAGUUUUAAUACUUAAAUGUCUUCAGAAAUUGACUUUGAAUUUUAAGUGUUGAUGUCACACUUUAUAGAAAUGAGGAAAAAGAAAUAGCUCUAAAAAUGAGAGAACUACUUUUAGAUUCAAGAAGAAAAUGUUAAAAAAAAAUGGAAAAAAAAUAUUGCAGUAAAUGACAUUUAAACCAAGUGAAUUGUUGAGAAAUCCAUAGUUUAAACAAAAGUGUUGGCUAAUGAGACAGCUUGCUAAUUUGUGUGUGUGUGUUUGUGUGUAUGGUGUAUGGAAUGAGAUCACGGUACAUAUCAGGGCUGAGAAAAAACAUUACUUACCUGGUACAUACUAAAUACAUAGUACAUACUGAUGAGUAAUUAGCCCUGAUAUGUACCUGUAAUUAGACCUUGUCAGAUGUGGUCAUACAUCUACUUAAGUUUAAUCUAUAAGACUCGGUUGUAUAACUUUCAUUAGCUAAAUAA